AUGACUUUAAGUAAUGAUCCAGAAAUAGAAUCACAAGAAAUUAAUAACGAAAAUAAUGAAACCAGUUCUAGUCAAGAAAUCUUAAAAGCUACAAACGAAGCUCAUGUUAUUGGUGAACCAAUUGCUACAGCUACUGCAAUCGCAGCUCAUUUACCUGAAUCAUUGAUACAUGACAAAAAAAUUGUCAAUGCAUUUAACAAGUUAAAUAAAAAUGUCAAAUCUAAGCUUAAUGAUAAAGAGCUACAUCCUGAACUUGACUGGGAUGCAAAUGUUAGAUUAUCAAAUGAUCUUUGUGACAAUGAAAAAAUUUUCAUCAAAGAACGAAAAAACCAUAUUCCCACAAUUGCUACUACAGGUUAUCUACGUGCUUUACAAGAUUCAGGCCUUUAUGAUUGUGGAAUGUAUUUAGCAGGUGUAAGUGGAAGUUGUUGGAAUAUUGCACUUCAAUAUUCUUCUAGGAUAUCAAGUCAAGAGAAUCCAAUUGAAACAUUACUAGAGCAUUUUAGAACUCGUUUAACAAACCACAUAGCUAGUCCAAGAGGUCUAUUCAAGUUACUCAAACAUUCGCCAGAUCCUGAAAAGGCUGUUGAAUUGAUAUUUGGAGGUUUAAUGGAGAAAAAAUUAUCUGGUGUAGAUGUUGGUAUUAUUGAUGUCUAUGGUGCUUUAUUGGCUGCAAGAUUAUUAUUAGGUGAUGAUUCACAAACCCAAUUUAAAGAUUUUAAAUUAAGUGAACAAAAACGUUUUUUGGAAGGUGGUAAGAAUCCAUUGCCUAUUUACACUGCUACUCAUCAUGUACGUCCUUGGAAAGAUUUUUUGAGUAAGGAGGAUGCAUCUUUAAUUGAAAAUUAUAAUAAAAUAUUAAAAAAUCAUCAUAAUCAGAAAGAUCAUUAUCGAUGGUUUGAAUUUACUCCAUUUGAGAUAGGGUGUGAUGAAUUUGAAGAAAUCAAAGCUUCGAGAUUAGCAUUGUCAGCAAGAUCGUCUUAUUUUGAUAAAAUGUUUAGUGGAGAAUGGGCAGAUACCAAAUCUGCUACAAUUCCCAUCAAAGAUGUUUCCUAUCAAUGCUUUAAAUUGAUAAUUUAUUACUUAUACACUGGUGACUUGAAAAAUGAUUUACCAUUUGAUGUGCUAAAAGAUCUAUGUGUAGUGACGGAAAGCAGAGGAAUUUCAGAAUUGAGUGAAUUGGUUUCAUCAAGAAUCAUCAAUAAGGUUAACUAUGAUAAUUGGAGCGAUGCAUUGUUGAUUGGUCGGAAAACGAAAAAUAAUCAUUUAAAAAAUGUUGCAUUGAAAUUUAUUAACGAACAUUGGGAAAACGUCAGGGAAGAUCAAAAAUUUCGGGACAUCAUGUCAAUUGGUGAUUUUGAAUUGGGUGAAGAAAUAUUUCAUGCGAGAUAUUUUGGGGUAGUUAGUUAG